AUGCCCUCGCUCAAGGACCUCAACUGUGCAAUCGAGCUCUCUGAGAGCCACCAAGCACUGCAGGAAUUCGGCACUACCUACGGCGACGGCUUUGUCGAGACGUUUGUCCCUGUACCCAGUCAACCCCAAUCAUUUUCCAUCCACCUUACCUCGAACAAGUUCAUCGCGCCAGGAAUCGCCCUCUUCGUCUACGUUGACGGCGUAUAUCAGUGCAACCGCAACCGACAGGACUUGAAGCCCCGCAAGCCGUCCGAUAACCGCUCUUUGGUUGAUUUCACCGUCCGCCAAAAGGAGGAGAGGCAAAAGGAUGGCUCCAUGAUUGCGCGCGAAUGGACGUUUGAUAAGUUGAAUAUUGUGUCGGCGGACGAAGCACUCAAUACCUCGGAGAAUAUAGGCUGCAUCGAAGUCUUGGUGCUGCGAUGCGCUGGGACUCGCGACAAGUCAACUUUGACUAUGAACCUUGACGGCGCCAGUGACUGGUCCGGUGAUCCGUUUGGAUUGGACGAGAAAUUGUCACGCUCCCAUAAAAGUCAGACAUAUGAUGAUCGAGGGCCGUAUUUUAAAAGCACCCGUAGUGGCUCCGGUCCACCGCCCCCAUUGCCAUCGUAUCGCACGUCCUACGCCGAAUCACUGCGUAGCCCCAGCGGCUCAGAGCAACGAAAUCACCACAACAGUCAGCAUGUACGAAAGUCAAUUUCUCGAGUAUCGAUAUCGCAUCAUUCGCAACCUAAAUCUAGAUACUCGCAGUCGGUCAGUCCACACACGCGGCGCGCAACCGAUCUUCCGCCUUCGGGCUUCCAAUACGGCAGCGGACCCAUUCCACCUGACAAAAACGAUACUCACUAUGAAUCAUACAGCACUGCAGUUCCGCACAAAGACGGCGUUGACCCUGUAUGGCUGAACAAACUGUUGACGACGGCAGUCAAGCAGGGUGUGGAAGAGUCUCGAAGAAUGGAGCAGUCUAUACAUGGCAAGGAUUCAGCAUAUGCAUCACAGAAAGAGAAAAGCCAGGCAUCUGCACAACCCUCUCGCCAGUCCGAGUCAACGUCUUCCAUACGCAAUCGCAGUGACCGCGGGUCAUGGAAACAAAGCCAAGAUGGCUGCGCGCAAAGCGAAGCAAGAAGUAAAGGCACCCGCGUUAGUUGGAGUAUGGAGCCUGUGUGGGAAACGGAGACUUCUAGCAGUAAUGGGUGGCAUUCGAGCGGAGAGACCCCUUCUGACUCUUGGGAUACGGAAGAGACAUGGACGAAAAACAAGGCACAGGGUUGGGAAGAUUCGAGCCAAUCGGCAAUGCCGAUACCUGCAACUCCUGUUCGAUUAGAUGCUCGGUCUAUCCCUUUACAUCUAAGCGAUGGACAGCGUUCCAAGCAGAGUUCGAGGCACCAGUCUCGUUCAAGACGAUCUAGAAGAGAUGACGAAUCAUCUUCCUCGGAAGACAAAGGCUGGGCACAUAUCGAACAGCCUUCAGACUCGGUCAUCUCACUGAGCUCAAACGACACUGUCCAGCCUUCACAUCACCAAAGUACAAAGAGUCUGCGUCAAACAUCUAAAGGCCGUUCUCGUCGCUCAAAGUCUACACAUCGCAGUCGUGAUCGAACCUCAUCGCGACACUCACAUCAUACCGCGCAACCAACAGGCUCUCAAACAGUGCAUGUUCCUGCUCCCAUCACACUAGUGAUACCUACCAUUGUAAAUGCCCCGGAGUCCGUGCCUCCACAAGUACAAUCAAGGCAACCGAGCGUGCACGGCAAUGCGAGUGCUUCGGUAUUUCCGGCUCCGAGUCUGGUCGUGCCCGUGCAGGAUCCUGUGCGAAAGCAAAGUAGCACUCACAGCAUUCCUGCACCAUAUACAUCAUGGGGGACAGACUUUUUACAGGAUCCUGCUGCGGAUAAAGAAUGCAGAUCUACGUCAUCAGGUUCGUGGGGCAAUGAAAUGGAGUCUGGAUGGAAAAAAACAGAGUUUGAGGACGAGAAGACGUCUGGCUGGGAAAAGACAGACGUUGAGGGCCACGGCAAGACGUCGGGCUGGGAAAACACAGAGGUUCAGGACUACGGGAAGAACGGCUGGUACUCGACCGACGAAGAUCAAAACAGCGCAUGGAGUGAGCCAGAAAAGGACAAGAAGCCUGAAGCUACAGGUUGGGACAUUGAAAGUACGACAUGGAGCGAGCCAAACAAGGACCAGAAACCCGAAGCCACAGCCUGGGACACUAAGAGUACCACAUGGAGCAUAAAAGAUCCUCCAAAGGAGACGAAAAAGCAGUCAGUAUCCAUGCAGCAAGUGCCUGAUCUAAAGACAGCUCUCGAAGCAACACCCUGCACCAAGGAAUCCAAAGCAAAACACCGGAAAUGGGAAAAUUCAUCAUGGACGAUUCAACCCGCUUCCGAUACGAACACCAAGCCCUUACCGCCAUCACCAUCCACCCACCAGCCCCCCAACAUACCCCCAGGUGAAAAAGAAACCCCCUCAAAGAUCGUGGCUCCCAAACCAAAUCUCGCCCACCACAUCCGCACAGGCACCCCGCGUCCCUAUGGCCACGCCAUUGCGCGUCCCGAUUAUAUCGAUAGCCUCGAGGCGCCGUAUGCCGUGUUUCGCUUCAAGUACCGGAGUGUAGGCGUUCUAGAGCGCAUGUUUGGACGGGACGAGGUGCUUGGGCAGGGGGUGGAGAAAGAUGGAAAGGGAAUGGGGAGUGUGAGGAGUACUGUGACGAAAGAGAGGAAGGAAGAGAAAGUAGAGAAGGUGGAUAGUAGGACUGAGGAGUGGGUGAGGGGGCAGAGUGCUGUGUUGGUAUAG